AUGUGCAGAAGGAGGCGUGACAUUCAGUACAGAAGAAGACUCCUCAGUACAGAAGAAGACUCCUCAGUACAGAAGAAGACUCCUCAGUACAGAAGAAGACUCCUCAGUACAGAAGAAGACUCCUCAGUACAGAAGAAGACUCCUCAGUACAGAAGAAGACUCCUCAGUACAGAAGAAGAUUCCUCAGUACAGAAGAAGACUCCUCAGUACAGAAUAAGACUCCUCAGUACAGAAGAAGACUCCUCAGUACAGAAGAAGACUCCUCAGUACAGAAGACGACUCCUCAGUACAGAAGACAACUCCUCAGUACAGAAGAAGACUCCUCAGUACAGAAGAAGACUCCUCAGUACAGAAGAAGACUCCUCAGUACAGGAGUGUACUGAGGAUCAGCUCCCCAUCCACAUCGAGGAUGCGGACACAGUCUCUAUUCAAGAGAUAUUGUAA